AUGCAAGUCGCCCAGCUGCUCUGCUCCGCUUCAGCGCAUCCGGAAUGGAUCAGCACCAAGGUCCGGGAACGGCCUCCAUCCGGCAGCCAGCUGCUUUUCCGGCGCUAUAAUGAUAAUUAUUUCACGAAUGACGGCUACCUGUGGAAACGGCGAAGAGAGGCCAAGCAGACCCGGGAAGACCAUAUGAAGCUGAAGGUCCACAAGCAGGAAAUAAUCUCCGCCAAAUACGCGCACUCGGCCGUAUUUCCUAGCUUCCAUCGCAGGGUCUACUGGUUGACUUCGAGCCCAGAGGUGGUCCUGGUGCACUAUCUAAACUCGAGGGAAGAAGAGAAAGGACAUGUAACUCCCACGACCGGCCAACAAGAGAUCGCAGCGCUAUGUCAAUUGGUUUGGGACAGGUUGCAAUCGCCGCCCGCCGGCCCCCACCUCGAGAGAAGAAACAGUUGUUCGUCGGCGUUUCGGAAAGGCCUCUCCUCGGUGGCUUUACGACGUCAACCAUCGACGUUCAGCGACUCGAUCGACCCGCAUUUUAUCGGAGACAUUGUGAACAACUGCGGAAAAGUGGACGGUCAUCUCCCAGCCCCAGCUUCGCAUAUGGACAAUUCUAGCGGAUACGGUAGGGACGACUCGCACCACUCGCAUUCCGGAGACACCCACUUGGAAAGCGCCGAUGAUGGGGAAACGUCCUAUUACCGUAGUCGAGCCGGAGUCUCAUCCAGAUCACGCUCCAACGGCCCAUCGUCGAGCGGAGAAUGUUGGCAUGCCCCGAUCGCUGAUGUCACACCGAGCCGGGCUCCUAUUAAUGGCGACACGAAAAUCCUGGUGAUUGGCGGCUGGUAUCUGAAGGGACAUGAAUAUUCCGUGCAAGUUGGUGAUCGAAAAGUGCCGGCACAACUCUUGCAAGUUGGCGUGCUGUCCGUGAGAAUACCUCCAGCUCGUGAAUCCGGAAAGGUGCCAAUUCGAGUGCUUUGUGAUGGGCAAAUCGUCUCUUCUCCCUUCGAAUUUACAUAUUUUGAGGAGAAAUCAGAUGAAACUGAAGCCCUUCACCUCCAAGCCCUUGUCGAUCGCUUCCAGCUGUUUUUGGCGGCUUUCAGCGGCCAGCCAGGCACUGCCCUGAAUGAGGAGACAUUUCUCUCGUUGGCCCGGUCGAUGCUGCAGCAUCAAAUGACAAAUCCACUACUACUGCAACCACAUCCGCUUCUUCCCUCUCGGACGAUUCUACACCUAGCCGCAGCCCUUGAUUACGACAAGCUUUUGGAAUGGUUGUUAUGGUGGAGACGAUCCCUACCGUACACCCGGGAGCUCGACCCGCUGGCGAGAGACUCUGAAGGUUCAACAGCACUUCACCUAGCCGUUCGCUCCGGACAUAUUCCGUCUGUUUCGGCCAUCGUCAACGCUUGUCAAGCGGCCAUUGAUGUACUAGAUGACCGCGGCCGCACGCCCUCCGAUUUGACGACCGAUCCAGCCAUUUUCAAGCUGGUCGCGCGCCCGGAGGAAGCGAACAAGAAUACGAAUGGCAUCCCGACAAGCGUUGAAGACGCCGAGCACAUGGCCGCCACUGCUCUUUGGGUCUUCACCAAUGGAGAAACCGUCACUGAUGAGAGAAGACAGCUCAAUCGGAAAGGCUCAAAACCGACUGGAUCACCGAUGCACUCGAGCAGCUUGGAGACGACGGGGAGCGUCGUGAUGAAGCGGAAAGAUGACGGCUGGAAAGAGUGCGAACAGCCAAUUCAUGUCGAAAUCUCGAUGGACACAGCCGAUGUUCAUGUCCCAGACUCGCCAAAAAUGGCCGACCUCUUCGACGCGGUCACCAGUCCCGGCGUGUUCGUGAACGACUGUGUACGCGAGAAAAUGGCUCAAUUGGCCCAGCACAUCAUCGAUGCACUUCCUGAACGGAUCAAGGGAGAUGGGAUUGGAAUCCACCAUUCCUUAAGACAUCAACUCCACUCACCGCAUGAUGAUGAUACGCACAUGGCCCUGUCCUUCUCCGGCAUCUCGCCAAUGUUCAACACCUCCGGCUUCACCGUGCCCGACUUUGAGGAAUGCAUGAGUCUCCAAUUCGGACCGUCGACGUCGCAUCAGAGCAGUUUUAGUUCAAAAACGAUGCCCUCAGAAGAUGGGAUGGGCCACGAGGUGGCGCAGAAUCAGUUUAGGAGGAGUAAUUCACACCUCUACCCCUGUGCCAGCGAGUCUUUCCGAUCUUCAAGAGCUACAACUUUCGAGUCCGGGAGCUUUGAUUUGGAUAACUCCAAAGACCUGGGCGAGUUCCUAAACAGUGGAUCGGCUACAGAACCCCUGCAGCAGCAAUUGGGAGACCUGCGAUUGUCCGAAAGUGAGCAGCGUGAUGUCUACGAGGCCGCAAAAACGAUACAAAGGGCUUAUCGUGAAUAUAGAGCUCGAACCAGCUUGGUUUUGCCGCACGCAGAAGCCGAGCGGAAUGCUGCGAUUACGAUUCAAAGCUUCUACAGGCGAUAUAAAGCGUUCCAAUACUUCAAACAGCUCUACAAUGCGGCGAUCCUCGUGCAGAAGCACUUCCGGAUGAAGAAGAAGGAAAGACCGGGCAGUCAUGAUAGCCAGGAUGAUCAUCAUCUCAACGAUCAGCUACCCGACCAUCCGUCCGUCGAUGGGAUGAGCAUCCGGAUACAGGUUGGUAGCACUUUCUGGGGUUUUGUGUUC